AGAAAUAUUUCUCCUCAACACCUGCAGUACGUUGAAGACAUCGUCGUGUGGGGCAACACAGGAGAGGAUGCUUUUGAGAAAGGGGAGAAAAUAACACAAUUUUGGAUGGCUGCUUUUCUCAUGUUAAACAGAAUAAGGUGAAAGGAUGUGCACUGGAAAUGCAUUUUUUAGGAAUAAAUUGGCAAGAUGGAUGUCAUCAGAUCCCUACGGAUGUGAUCAGUAAAAGAGCAGCUGUGAACCGGCCAACUAGCAAAUGCUAAUGGCUGUAUAAUGCUGUAUGUCAUCACUACCACGCUUCCCACACUAAAGGACAGACAUGGUCCAGACCCAUGAGCUGUGCCCAUGCCUGAGGCCUCACAGACAGAUUCUCGUUGUGCACCUGCGCGGGGGCUCCGUCUGCACUCGUUAACAACCCUUCGCAUCCCUCCUCUGCACCCCUUGUGCUGAGGCUGUCGGGGUGUGUUUGGGCGGGCACACACCAUGUAAGGCCAUAUGACGUCACCCCUCCUUUAUGACGUCAUCACCAGGACACUAUAUAAGGCCGCGCUCGCCCAGGCCGGGCCAGUGGCAGAGGCGACCUCUGCUGCUGCACGGUGCUGGGAGCCAGUGUCUGCUGAGGGCUCAGAGGCUGCUGUCCCUCAGAGGUCCAGGCCGUGCGAUCGCUGGUGGCUAUUGCUGGCAGCAUUUGGUGACCGUUCAGCAUUCUCAUUCCUUAAGCCAUGAUCCGGGGUGGUGUGGGCCAGGGGCCCGUGGCGUACAGUCACCCCUCAUCCCGUCGGGGCCCAGCGCGACCCCCCAGCAGGCCUGUGCAGCGGGAGGAGCACACGCAGGAACUGGAGGCGCUGCAGGCCCAGCUGGAGGCCGAGCGUCUCCGCUCCCAGGAGCUGCACCGCCGCUUUGCUGAUGAAAUCUGUGAGAUGAAGAAGACAGCAGAGCAGGAGCGGCAGCUUCUGGCUGAGAAGCUACGCUCCAGAUGGGAGCAGCAACGGGCACGGGAGCUGCAGCAGCUGUGGGAGCUGAGCCAGAAGCAGCGGGCAACAGAGAUCCGUCAGCUGCUGCGUGAGAAGGAGGCCAGGUGGCGCCAGGCACAGGAGCUGCUCCGACAGCAGCGGGACGACGCCAUCCGCCAGGCGCGGGAGCUGCAGCAGGAGCUGGCCGAGGAGCUGGUGAAGCACGGCUGCAGCAGCAGCAGCGAGGCCCGCAGCAAGCUGCAGGAGGUCCACAGGCAGCUCCAGUGGCGGAAGGACAGCAAGCAGACCGCCCACAUCCUAAACCUCCAGAAUGAGCUGGAACUGCAGAGAAAACUCUUCCAGCAGUACAUCCUGGAGCAGGCUGAGGGGCGGCCGCCUGCCUCCCACAGCGAAGACAGGGCUGCAGCCUGGCACCGCCUGCAGACUCGCCUGGGCACAGGGACCACCGGGACCUGCUCUUCGAAGCGCCCCGGUGCAUCUGGUGCUGCUGGUGGAGGAGGGCAGCAGACAACCCACUCCAGCUUCAAAGACGCUCACCUCCAGGGAGAAGGGAAGAGCUGCGGGCGGGCGGUCACAGACGUGGCUGUUCAGGUCGCAGCGCAACAAGAGGCCUGUCCACCUGGCAGUGGAGAGAGCCAGCUGCUGGAGGAGAAAGCUCAUCUGCAGCAUGCCCUGGAGGACCUGCAGAGGCAAUGCAGUGUCCUUCAAGAGGAGACCCGCCUUCUGAGGAAGAAAAGGUCUCUGGAACUGAGGGAGGAGGUGGAGAGGCUCCAGCAGAAGACUAAUAUGCUAGGCCUCCUUACCAAGCACCUGCAAGAAGAAGACAGGCAACUGAAAGAGAUCGCCUUGAAAUCUGGAAAGACUGCUGCAAAGACAGAGCAGGUCGACCAGCAGCAGAGAGGGCAAUUGGAAACCGAGGCUGGGAAAAAACUUAGGCCUCACAAGAACCUGCAUCAGGAACGCUCAAGACUGCAGAAAAGGUACGAGGAGCUGAAAGUGCGUCUAGCAGAGAUGAUAAAUGAAAAUGCCAGACACGCAGAAGAAAAUUCUCAGCUCCGUGGGCAGAAGGAGCGGAUAGAGGAGGUUCGGUCUGACAACGCUGCUCUGAAGGGGGAACUCGUGCAAGUGACAGAGCAGCGAAGUUCUGCCAUCAGAGAGGCCAGACAUCUUCAAACGCAACUGAAAGAUCUGGAUUGUGAACUGAAAGCCAUGAGACAACUGGCAGAACGAAGGCAACAACAGGAGAACGACCUCGAGGAAACAAAGCGACUGCUGCAGACGAAAAAAGAGGAAGUUGAGCAUUUGCAGAGGGCUUGGGCAGAGCAAAGGAGGACACAUGAGGAAGACGCGCAAGUGUCUCAAGCGCAGCUGAGAGAAUUAGAGAAACAGUAUCAGCACCAAAGUCAACAAUGUGAGCUGCUCUCUCAGCAACUUGAGCAAGAAAAAAGAAAAAAAUCCAACCGUAUCGGUUCAGGACUACCACAGGUGACAUCUUCUCCCACAGCACAGGCCUAUGCAGAGCAGUCCCAUGACCUUUGCAACCGUGAAGAGGGCCCUGAGGGUGGGAACGGAGAAUCAGGAGCGGAGCAUGUGUCCUUCAUCCCGCAGUCCUCGGGACAAGAAUUGCUAAAACUUCGAAAAUUUUUAGCUCGAUAUAGCUACGAUCCUUUUGAGGGUCCUAAUGAGCACCCCGAAGAAGAGCUUCCUCUGACUGCGGGAGAAUUCAUUUAUGUCUAUGGAGACAUGGAUGAAGACGGCUGGUUUGUGGGAGAGCUGACGGAUGGCACAAGAGGAUUUGUCCCCUCUAAUUUGGUGGAAGAAGUUUCAGACGACGACCUGGUGACAACUGUGCCUCCAGAGCUACGUGAUCUCCUGCAGGAUAGCGAUGAUGAAGUGACGUUUUGCAGCAGGAGAAGAAAGAAGAAACGGAGGAAUAAAUAAAGGUCUUGACCAAGGAAUCUGUGUCCCUUGUGUCUUCCCCCUUCUCCCUCCCCUUCCACAGCUUCUAUUGCUGAGUGUGACGUCGCCGUAUGGACUAUCCCUUUGGUCUUUUUGGGUCAGCUGCCCUGGCAAUGCCCCCUCCCCACC